GGCUUGGCCCUCAAUUUCCAGAGUGUGUAUUUAUCAACUCGUCUCCCUACCCAUCUCCUCCUCCUCCGCCGCCGCCCCUGAAAUCGGACCGACCUCCGCGGCCUCAUCGAGCACGCGGUCAUGAACGGACUCCUACGAAGCAGCAGCCGGCAGGCGCACGCCCUCCUCUUGCCCCACGGCGGCCUCUCCAACCCCUCGUCGACGGCGGCCAGACCCUACGUCCGCUCCCGCCUCCUCUCCUCCAAGUUCAAGGAGCCCUCUUCUGCUUCCGUCUACUCUCCUUCAUUGUCGUCCUCUGCAGCCGCUGCGUCGUCUUCCUAUGCUCGGACUGGGUUCGUGAGUUGGUACCUCGGCAUGAUCGAAGCCCGCCCCGUGCUCACUAAAAGCCUCACCGCUGGAUCAAUCUUCACCGCGGCGGACUUGACCUCCCAGAUGAUUACACUAUCACACUCGGACAGUUUUGAUUUCAUGAGAACCUUGCGAAUGGCUGGUUAUGGUACUUUUUUAUCAGGACCUUCGUUGCAUCUCUGGUUUAAUUUUGUUUCCCGGGUGCUACCCAAACGAGAUGUUGUUACUACUGUCAAGAAGAUGGCUCUGGGACAACUUGUUUAUGGGCCUAUUAUGACUGGCGUUUUUUUCUCAGUAAAUGCUGCACUACAAGGUGAAACUCCUUCUGAAAUCUUUACCAGAUUAAGGAGAGACUUGAUUCCUACUUUGAAGAGUGGCGUUGUAUACUGGCCUAUUUGUGAUUUCAUUACGUUCAAAUUCGUUCCUGUUCGUCUUCAGCCACCAGUGAGCAAUUCAUUCUCAUUUCUCUGGUCCAUCUAUCUCACAUACAUGGCAAGCUUGCAGAAGGCAGAUGUUGAAAAGAUAUCAACCGACUAAAUCCUUUUUGUAGCUCGAUGAUUGAACAGUGUAGUUUAGCAUCGAUGCAUUCUGAAAGAAUGAGGGCAAGGCGUAGGACUGAUGAUGCAGAAUCUUGGGUAUCUUUGUUUCAUUUGAUCUCUUUCUUUGUCAAUUCAUGAAAAGAAGAGCAAUUUUGUUAAAACGCUCUUUUCCAAGAUGCUACUUCUUAUUGUCAUUCGACCCAAAAGGCUCUCACUCAUUUGUUAGAAAACAAAUCAAGAGCAGUUAAGAAAGUACUUUCAAA